AUGUCGAGACGUGCAUUGAAGUCGAGCUCUUCAGAGCGCAAGCGCGGACGGACUCGGCAGCGGAAGAUUUGCUUCGGCAACACAUAUGUACCCAUUCGCAAGAUUGGCUCGGGCUCCUUUGGCGAUAUUUACCUUGGUACCGACCUCAAGUCGGGUGAGGAGGUGGCGAUCAAGUUGGAGCCGCGGCGGACGCGGCAUCCGCAGCUGCAGUCUGAAAUGAUGCUGUAUCGGAUUCUGUCUGGCGGGAUCGGGAUCCCGCACGUGCGGUGGUUCGGGCACGACGGCGACUACAACGUGCUGGUGAUGGACCUGCUCGGCCCGUCGCUGGAAGACCAGCACCAGGUGUGUGGGCGCAAGUUCUCGCUCAAAACGGUGCUGAUGCUGGCUGAGCAGCUGAUCACCCGGUUCGAGUACAUCCACUCGCGGCAUCUCAUCCAUCGUGACGUCAAGCCCAACAACCUGCUCAUGGGGCUCGGCAAGCACGCCGGCGAGGUCAACGUCAUCGACUUUGGUCUCUCGAAGCGGUACAUCGACCCGCGGACGGGCAAGCACAUCAAGUACAAGGAGGGCAAGAAUCUGACGGGCACAGCGCGGUACGCGUCGAUCAACACACACAUUGGCAUCGAGCAGUCGCGGCGUGACGAUCUGGAGUCGCUCGGCUACGUCCUGCUGUAUCUGCUCCGCGGCUCGCUGCCUUGGCAGGGCCUCAAGGCAGCCAACAAGAAGCAAAAGUACGACAAGAUUCGCGACAAGAAGCUCGAGGUCCUCGUCGACGACCUGUGCGCCGGUCUCCCCGACGAGUUUGUCAAGUACAUCACCUACACUCGCUCGCUCCGGUUCGACGAGCGCCCGGACUACGACUACUGCCGCAUCAUCUUCCGCGACCUCUUUAUCCGCGAGGGCUACGCCUACGACUACGUCUACGACUGGACCGUGCUCGAUGACGAAGAGGCCAGCGCGGCCACAUCAUCGGCGGCUCCCCCGGCCACGCCACCGGCUGCCGCCUCGGGCGCAGGCGUCUCCAACGUCGCCCGCAACGGCUCGGCCAUGACCCCGAUGACUUCGGACGGCCGCGCCCACGUCAGCCAGUCGCCGUCGUCGACCCGGGUCAACACCACCCCGGCCCGCGACCCGCGCUCCAGCUCCACCCGCGACAAGCGCCGCAAGCGCCGCUCCGACGAGCGCACCACCCGAGUCACCGGCGUCCCACCAGCCUCGUCCUCGUCGCCCUCGGCCCCCCCGACCGGCUCGCAGCUCCGGUCCGGCUCACGGUCGCGGCUCCGCGAGUCGCGGCGGUCGUGA